AUGUCUGGAAAGACCUUUACCGCCCUCGGACUUGCCGCUGCCGCUGCCGCCUUCUGGAGCCAAAAGCCUGCUAUCCAGACCGUUGAGUGUGAGGCACCACCCAAGAAGGACGAGAAGAAGAAGUCAAUCAAGACCGCAGAGGACGACAAGAAGCGUAAACUUGAGGGAUUGACCCCCGAUUCACCUAUGCGUUUGAGGAUGGAGGCGUUCAACAAGCAGCUGCAGGCCGAGAUCACAGCCCGCCUGGAGAAGCUGGAUGGCGUCGGCAAGUUCAAGGUCGAUUCAUGGAACAGAGUCGAGGGAGGCGAUGGUAUCUCGAUGGUCAUGCAGGACGGUAAAGUCUUUGAGAAGGCCGGCGUCGGUGUAUCGGUCGUCUACGGCAUGUUGCCCCCCGCGGCUGUGGCCCAGAUGCGUGCUCAACACCCCAACAUUGCGGCGACCAAGGAGUCAAUGCCCUUCUUUGCGACUGGCAUCUCGUGUGUCAUCCACCCCCAUAACCCCAACGCCCCCACCGUCCACUUUAAUUACAGAUACUUUGAGCUCGGAAGCGAAGAUGGCGGCGAGCCUGUCUCGUGGUGGUUCGGAGGUGGAUGUGAUCUUACCCCUACGAUCCUCUACGAAGAGGACGCUGUUCAUUUCCAUCGGGUGAUCAAGGAGGCUUGCGACAAGCACGACCCACGCUACUACCGCGAUUUCAAGAAAUGGUGCGACGAGUACUUUUAUAUCCCCCACCGCAACGAGCGUCGCGGAGUCGGUGGUAUCUUCUUUGACGACCUGGACGACAAGAAGCCUGAUGAGCUCUUUGCAUUCGUCCAGACCUGUGGAAAGGCCUUCCUCGACCAAUAUGUCCCCAUCAUGGAGAGGAGAAAAGACAUGCCCUUCUCGGACGCCGACAAGCACUGGCAGCAGAUCCGUCGUGGCCGGUAUGUUGAGUUCAACUUGGUUUAUGAUCGCGGUACCAAGUUUGGACUGUUGACCCCCGGUGCUCGUAUCGAGAGUAUUCUGAUGACCAUGCCCUUGACCGCCAGGUGGGAGUACAUGCACGAGCCCGAUCUCAAGGCCCAUGCCAAACUCAUGGAAACCCUCCGCGUCCCUCGCGAGUGGAUUCCUUUGUAA